AUUUAUAUAUAAUGUAAUAUUUUUUAUUUAUUUAUUUUAUGUAUAUAUCGAAUAAAUAGUAAAAUAAGAUAAAUAUAAUGUGAAAUAUAUCAAAAUGUGUGAUUUUCGGAAAAAAAUUGUACAGCCAUUGAUGUUAGGUCUACUUUAUGUUGCAUAUAGUAUUAAUUAUAAUUUAUGAGUCAAAUCUCUCGUUUGAAAAUCCGCUACUUGCCUUCCUUGAAGAUAAUCGCAAAUGCGAAUAUGGAAGUUAGCUGAUAACUUCAGACGUGUUCUACGUUAAUAAUUAUAUUCCAAGACGAAAAUAUGUCUCAAAAUGUGGAUGAUGUAAACGUAUAAGUCUUACAUCAAUUUAUUAUCCGAAUCAUUUAUUUAAAAAAAAACCUGCCAGCUGUUUUUCUUACUUGAAGACAACUGUAAACGUAAAAAUUAAAGCAGCUAAUUUCAGACGCGCGUCUGGUCUCCGCCUCCCUCUUUCUCUCGCCGCGUCAAUUAAUAAUUAUACUUCAAGGCGAGAGUACACGCGUUGCGAAUUAUGGAUGAAAAUAAUACGCCAAGCGUGCAGGAUGUCUUUCAAUUGGAGCGACAGUUCCGUGAAAAGUUGCAAAGCAAUACGGAUACCGUGCAGACGAUGCAGAAGGAACUUCUGGCAACUCGUCACGCUUUAUACAGCAAGGAAUUGGAAUUGGAAAAAGAGCGUGGUGUUUCCCACGAAUUAAGGAUGCGUCUGAAAGUGGUCACAGAGGUGGCGAACGAGUCGCAGCAGCAACAAACAAAGAAUCAAAUCGAGAACGUUCAACUGCGAAUCAAAUACGACACGAUGGUGAAGCAAUGUGAAUCCCUGAGGAGUCAGGCCGCGACCGCGAAGAUGCACGAGGUCGAGUGUAUAUUCAAAAUUCAAAGCUUAGAAGAGAAACUGCGUCAGAUAGAUGCGAGCAACAAGACAAUGGAACAGGCUUUAAAGAAGCUCGAACGUGACAAUUCGCGCGUUAUUACCACUAUCGAUCACAAUAUCGCGAAACUUACAGAGGAGCAUCAAUUUCUGCAGAAAUCCUGCGAACAGAUUAUUAUCCUCAACCAACGCUUACAAACAGUGGGUCUGUGCACGCACGCGAUACAUCAAAAGGAUAAAGCGAAAAUCAAAGAUUUGGAAUAUAUGCUAGCUUCAAUGACGGUCAGGAACGCAGGCUCCGCAGAAGAAUCAAUGGAAUCUGUAAAUUACGGUGCACAUCCGAAGAUAUGAAAAUCAUUUCCGUCAUCCACAUAAAGAAUAGGAUAGGAUUUUAUCAAUAAAUAUAUUGACACGUGUUAUGUACAGGAUUAAUAAAAAAUGUAUUAUAAUAAUCGUUUGUAUAUUUAAGUAUAAGUUGAACAAAUUCCGAUGAUAAAAAUGCAUACUUGCUGGAUGCACAUCAUGACAACCAGCGAACAAAAGAGAUUUGUUUAUUCUUUUUUUACUGCCGAUCCAUGUAAACGAAUCUAUCUCUAUAUGCAAAGUAAAUCCGCCGGAAGAUAAGCUUCGCGUACUCAUGCUCGUCGCUCUCUCUUUUUCUUUGCUUUAGACCUAAUAAAAAUUCUAUGACUAUCCGUGAUAUAACAAAAUUGUCUCUAUAAAGUUCUUGUUCAAUUCGUCACAAGGCAUUUUAGUUACAUCAGUUAAUGCUCUAGUACACUUUACGUUUUUCCCGUUAAUUUUGUGAAAAAGCUAUAUCUGCUUAAUAACAGUAUAAAAACGAU